UCUCUCCCCCCCCCCCCUUUCCCUUCCUUUUCUUCCUUCCUUCUUUUUGGGCGGACCGGGCGAAAGGGAGCGAUCCCGCCACCUGGGACGGGGCCGCUGAGCCGCCACUCGGGCCAGCCAGCCGGAGCCGGAGUCCCCGGGCAAACUCCUGCCUGGGCUAAGCCGGAUCCGCCUCCCCUCCCCUCCCCGCGCCUCCGCCCCCAGCCCUGAAGUGCCACCACCAGCCAGCCUGCUGCUCGCACACCCCUUCAGGCUGCCAGAUUCUCUGUGAAUUAAGCAGAAUGAAUCAGAUUUGAAAAUUCAUUGAAGACACGGUUGGACAAAGGAGGUGAACUUACUGGUUCAGCCCUCCUGGAUUGCCUUUAAAGUGAAGAAGAGGAGAAACGCAAAACACCUUUCAAUCCGGUUGGACUCCCUAUUUACAGAAGCGAGAUGGAGAUGCCAUUAAGCACAAAAGGGAUUGCUGUGAGCCUGCUUCUCUUUGUAUUAAGUUUGGCAGCAGCUAUUGAAAUACCGCUUUCUGUGCGACAGCUUCCAACUAUCACAGAGCAAUCGACUACCGAAGUUGCGUUCCCUUUUGAUGAACAGUUCACAAUCAAAUGCAAAGCAAAAGGAAACCCACCACCAACCUUUAACUGGACAAAAGAUGGAAAGCCAUUCGAUCUGCUAAGUGACCCGAGGAUACUUCCAUCCAGCGAUUCAGGAACAUUUGUUAUCAAAAACCAAGGAAACAUAUCUAUUUUCCAAGGAAAAUAUCGCUGCUAUGCCAUUAAUGAGCUGGGAACUUCCUUGUCAGAGGAAAUUGAACUCAUUGUUCCAGGUAUUCCUAAAUUCCCAAAAGAGAAGAUAAGCCCUAAAGAACUGGAGUAUGGUGAUUCAGUGGUCUUGCACUGUAACCCUCCCAAAGGAAUCCCACCAUUACAUAUUUAUUGGAUGAACAUUGAUUUACAGCAUAUCCCACAAGAUGAAAGGGUCUCCAUGAGCCUUCAGGGAGAUCUUUACUUUGCAAAUGUGGACGAAAAUGACAGCCGGAGUGAUUAUUGCUGCUUUGCCGCGUUUCCAAGACUGAGGACAAUAGCACAGAAAAUGCCAAUGACAUUGACAGUUACCCGCUCUAAGCAUGGUAAUGAUUCCAGUUCAUCUAGUGCUACUGCGGCCAAUUUAAUCAAGGAACGGAAACCAAAACUGCUUAUUCCUCCGGAGUCUUCUGGCCAUAGCUCUGAUGUGACUGUGAUCAAAGGAAACGAUCUUUUUCUGGAAUGCAUUGCUGAAGGACUCCCUACACCACAUCUGACCUGGAACAGAGUAGACCGAGGAGUGAUUGACAAUUACGGAAAGAUAUUGAUGGUAGAGAAAGUUACUCCAGCUGAUGGAGGGAGAUACACAUGUACAGCCAAGAAUGAUAUGGGAGAAACAAAACAUUACUUCAAUGUCCAUGUUGAAGAGCCACCUUCUUGGGUAGAGAAGCCACAAAGUAGAGUUUACAGUAUCGGUGAAAAUCUUGUAUUAUUGUGUAAAGCUAUUGGAAAUCCUGAGCCAACUAUAAAGUGGAGACGGAACGGUUUGCCUCUUGGUGAUAUGAAACCCAGCAGGGGUAUGAUUACAACAAGGGAGAUCAGUAUUACCCAACUACAGCUGCAAGACAGCGCAGUGUACCAAUGUGAAGCUACCAACAAGCAUGGAACAAUCCUUGCCACUGCUAACGUGGAUGUCCUCAACAUUACACCAGAACUGCUAACUCCAGAUGGCGAAGAGUAUGUUUCUGUUGUUGGUCAUAGAAGUUACCUGCACUGUCAGUUUUUUGCUGUUCCUACUCCAGAUGUUACUUGGACAAAGGCAGACAACUUAUCAAGCCUUGACAUGCCAUCUUAUUAUCGGUAUCCAAAUGGAACCCUAGAGAUCAUAGACACAAGGAAGACAGAUUCUGCGUCUUAUUCUUGCUGGGUGUCAAAUUCUGUUGGAAAAAGUGCUAUCAUUGCUACUCUUACUGUCAGAGAUGCUACAAAAGUUUCUAUUAUGCCUAAGAAUCCACAAAUUUUGAAAUCACAUUCUGUUGAAUUUAAAUGUCAAGCUGAAUACGACUCACAUUUGAGACACCAUUUUAAAAUAUCUUGGUGGAAAAAUGGAGAGGAACUUGACGUGAACAGAACAGAAGAGGGCAGAAUAAUUAUCAAGAGAGACACAUUGUUGAUACGAAGUGUGGAGUUAGAAGAUAAUGGAGUGUAUACCUGCGUAGGCAGUACAUCACUUGACAGUGCUGUAGAUGAUUCCCGCCUAACUGUCCUUCAUAUCCCUGAUCCACCAGAAGACCUCUACCUCUCAGAGAAGCAGAACAGAAGUGUUAGAUUGUCAUGGGUUACUGGAAACAACAACAACAGCCCAAUUAACGAAUCUAUUGUGGAAUUUGAAGAAAAGCGAUGGGAGCCCAGAAAGUGGCAGGAACUAAUCAGGAUCCCAGGGAAUGUUACUACAGCUGUUGUUCCACUUGCCCCUUACAUAAAUUACCAAUUUCGUGUUGUCUCUGUUAAUGGAGUUGGAAGAAGCCGACCUAGUGAACCAUCUGAACGAUAUGAAACACCACCAGCUGCUCCAGACAAGAACCCAGAAAACAUUCGAGUUGAAGCUUCUGAACCCCAUGAGAUGAUCAUGAAAUGGGAGCCCCUGAAGCCCAUGGAACAAAAUGGACCAGGGAUGGAGUACAAAGUAAGUUGGCGACGACAGGGCAUUGAGACUGACUGGAAUGAAGAAACAGUGAAAAAGCAUACCUUGAUACUGAAGAACACCCCCACUUUUAUCCCAUAUGAUAUCAAAGUCCAGGCGGUGAACAACCUUGGCUCUGGCCCUGAACCCAUUGUAAUAACUGGCUACUCAAGCGAGGACAUUCCAGAAGCGGCACCAUCCAAUGUUAUUGUGCAAGUCAUCAACAGUACUCUGGCAAAAGCCAUCUGGUCUACAAUUCCAAAGGACAGAGUUCGUGGACACUUGAGAGGUUAUAAGGUCAGCUGGUGGAAAACAAGAAGUCGCCUGGAUGGGAAAAACCAUCACCCUGAGAAACGUUCUCUGACAUUUAAUGCAGACCGAAACGAUGGAAUGAUCCCUGGUCUGGAGCCAUUUAGUGAAUAUCGCUUAACUGUUUUGGCUUUCAAUUCCAAAGGGGCUGGACCAGAAAGUCUUUCGUAUGAUUUCCAAACCCCAGAGGGAGUUCCUGAGAAACCCCAUUUCUUAAAGAUAUUAAACUUUGAUAAAGAGUCAGUAACACUGUCAUGGGGGCCACCAAAGAAACCAAAUGGAAUUGUCACUGGAUACAUUUUACAACACCAAAUAAUAAAUGAAACGGAUGAUAUUGGGCCCUUGCAUGAAGUCAAUAUUACCAACCCUUCAUCAUUCAGUUUGAGGCUUUCCAAUCUGAGUGCCAGCACCAAGUAUAAAUUCUAUGCAAAAGCCUGUACUCUGCAAGGCUGUGGGAAACCUAUCACUGAAGAAGGAAUAACAAUAACUGAAGGCAGUAAAGCUGUCGGGAAGAUUUCUGAAGCAGUAAAACCCACCCAAAAGACUCAGCCUCUUGAGGCGCUUGAGCCUGGAACUGCACACACAGUUCGACUAGUGACUAAGAAUUGGGUUGAUAAUAAUAGCAUUUCUGCAGAUGUAAUUGAAACGAGGGGGAGAGCUUAUGCUGGCAUUUAUGAGCGAAUCUCCACACAAGGCUGGUUUAUUGGACUGAUGGGUGCCAUUGCAUUGCUGACCUUAUUGUUACUCACAAUCUGUUUUGUUAAAAGAAACAAAGGAGGAAAAUAUUCAGUAAAAGAAAAAGAAGAUUUGCACCCAGAUCCUGAAGGUCUAUCCAUAAAAGAUGAAAUUUUUGGAGAAUAUAGCGACAGCGACGAAAAGCCGCUCAAAGGAAGCCUGCGGUCUCUUGACACGGACAUUAAAACUGCCGAGAGUGCUGAUAGUUUGGUAGAAUAUGGAGAUGGAGACCACAGAAUGUUUAACGAAGAUGGUUCAUUUAUUGGCGCUUACACCGGAUGUAAGGAAAAAGCUUCGGUCGAAAGCAUUGGGAGUUCUACAGCAACCUUUCCUCUCCAUGCAUAAAAGAUUUGCAUGAAUGAUUCAUUUCCAGUCACUGUAUUUAUCUUUGCUAGCCAUCAAGUAUCAUACAAGGCAGAAACAGGCUGUAGAAAAUUCAAUAUCUUGGCAUCCAGCCUAUAAAGAAAUAGGUGGCUGACUUCAAUUUUUUUUUAACUUUUUUCUCCUGAUGACACGGGCAUUUUCAUUUCAUUAAAAUGGGACACAUAGUUACAAUUUGUAAAACAUGUAUCAGUCAUGUAUCAAAACCAGAGCUACUUCAGUGUUAUAUAUGUAUAUAGGGACCAGCUACCCUCCAUGUUUCUGUCAACCCAGUCCUGUUGAUGUGUGUAGCUGUAACCACACAUCAAACAGCUUAUAAUAAAGUGGUUGCUGUGGUAUCUUUGGCUUGGGAAGUCGGACAAGUGUGUCCUGCUACGCUGUCUAUCAGUUGUAAUCCACUUACAAAAAGUUACUGCCAAAUAUUGGAUGCGUAGCGUCCUGCUGACAUGGCUGAAGAGGCAACUGCCAGGGCCCUUCGAGAGGUCUUCUGUAAUUGUUGCUGGUCUUUCCUCUGCCACGUCCUCUUUGCUGUUCAGCUUUGUUUGUCCGAUCUGUGCUAAGCCAAGGCAUCACGACUGCCAAUGAUGGUAACAGAUGGUGUAGCAACAUUUACCCUGAAGCUGCCAAUGUAAUGCCUUACAUCGGGAACACCACCAGCAGCACGGUCUGUUACUAGAUACUCAGCACUUACUUGGCGAAUAGUAUUGGGCCUUAAAUUAGAACUGUUGUCUUUCCAGCAACUCUGUUCCUCUCUAUGUGCAUUUCAAACCCCAUUGCUUGAUAUGUCGUAAGUGAAGCAUCAUAUGAUCUUGACAUCAACCAGAGAAAGCAAUGACCAUUAAUUCAGAAACAGUAUGCUAUACUGUAAAGCUGACAGAGAAAUACAUUCCAGGCUACAUGUUAUUUAAUGUCAUAAAGAAACUGCCUGAUCAAGUUUAGAGUUUGCAUUGUGUGCCGGUGACUGACUGGGGCUUAGAAGUGCGGGUUGGGAUGUCUGCCAGCAAGAUGCUUUCCGUUUACAGAAGCAUCAGGUUGAAAAUCUGUUUUGCCCACUAGCUGGCACUCUCACUCAAGCAGCUGCAAUAACUUCCUUUUGGUUGUAGAAAACAUCAGAUCCAUCCAAAAUCCUUGGGAGCCACUCUACGUAGAAAUAGGUUUUUCUCCCCCAGGCGUUCUGUUACCACCUCCGUAAAAGCUGUCUUUCUAAGCAAGCUGGGCUUAUUGGCAUCCCUAUUUGUAUAUUUGUAUGCCUACUACAUACCAUUUCUGUGUGUGGAUUCUUGUACAUAUUAUGUUUAUAUUGAUAAAACCAGAGCAAGCCACAUCAGUUGUAUUUUUCAGCAACACACAAUAGUAGCAGAGGGUAUGUUAGCUGGCCGCAUUUGAGUUGCUCUUUUCAAGAUAAAUGUAUCUGAAUAAGGUUCAUUAUUCAUACAAAAUGUAUUGAAAUAUUUCUGCUGUGUUAAAUUUUGUCCUUCUCAUUCCUCUUUUUUUUUAAAAAAACCCCUAGCUUCCAAAUCCUUAGCUAUGAACAUUUUCAUAUUAAGUCUCAAAGUAUGUUCUAUUGAAUCACAGCAAACAUCAUUAUUGAACAGGGUAUAGAUGUAUCAGGAUUAUUUCUUUGGACCUGUAAAGCUAUUAUUACCCAGAACUGAAACUAUUUCUAUGAGUGAUACACAAAGGUGGUCAUGUUCAUUACAAUUAUAUUGGAGGCUGUUGCAUGAAAGUUACUCCAGGCAUGACAUCUUUGCAUCCUAUGUUUGUUACUUAGCCUUAUUUCAUGUUAUCUGUUGGGCUUUUUAUGAUAUAUACCACUACAUCUGAAACAUGUCUAUAUUCUGAGAAUGCACCAAUAUUACAAUACUUGGCGGUCUUGUAAGGUGAUUAUGGAGUCAAUUCACCAAGCACUGACCCUGAGCUCAACCCAUUCAUUUUGACCAGGGCUUUCAAACUUCACCAGUAACUUCACUAGACUCCCAGACUAGUUCAAGGAAAACAUUUCCAAGGAUAGUUUAUUAAAGAGAAGCUAUUUAGGGACCUUAUCAUAAUCCAUAUAUGCUGAGGUCUUGACAAUGUCUAUACUAUUGAUAGAGCUUUGUAAGAAGGAUGGGCUGUGCAAUUUGUACCAUCUUGCAAAUCUGCAUCAUCGUUUUCCCCCUCCCCUAUUUCCCAACACUGUAGAAAGGGCCAGCCAGUCUUCUUGCCAUUAGCAUGGCAAAGAACUUGAGACAUGCUAGAGGAUGUGCAUCAUUGUAUAAUAAAUCCUUUCCACAUAUCUAUUAUGUGCUCAAAUACUCAGUCUUAUUUGAAACACUGGAUCUUCAGAUUUGCAUGAAACAUGAAAUACAAAUCUACUCAUUUGAUGUGGAAAUGCUAAUCUUGCCUUUUCUCAUUAGUGGCACCUAAAGGAAAGAGAAAUUCCCAUUUGCUUCUAGAAUGAUAGCUCUGGUACAUACUCUUGUUUAUCAGUUGAAAACGUAGCAUACAGAAAAGGAAUUUCUUUUCACCAGUGUAAGGUGUCCAGGACAGCAACAGCAAAACCGGAUACAACAAUUGGCAAGUGCCACCAUUGGUUAGUUCAUUACCAUUGAGGCAAGCUGUAAGUCUGGAGACACAUUUUGAGCCUAGUGUUAUGCACCUCCUCUAGAGCAGAUAAAGAGUGUCCAGUGUACUUCCUUGUACACAAUGUAUGAUCCCAGAACUGGCAAAUACCCUAGGUAAGCAAGUUGUAACAUCACAAGAUCAGUACCAAUUCAACUUGCAGCAAUUCAUGGUCUAUCUAUGGCCCUUUCUGCACGGGUGGGCAAGUGGAGGUGCACCGGAAUAGGUGCACUGGCAUAGUUAAUGCUGGUGCACCUCCCUGGGGCCAUUCACAUGAAUGGCCCCGCUAGCCCAGCAGCCGGCGGCACAGCCACACCGCUCCCAGUCCCACCUUACCUCGUCCCAGCUGCCGGCACUCUGUGGAGGCCAUGGCAAUGCCUCCAUGGUCGGAGGUCAGGAGGCAUGUCUUCUGGCCUCCACAGAGUGCCAGUAGCCGGGACAAGGUAAGAUGGGACUGGGAGCGGUGCAGGGAAAAUACCGGCUUCCCUCUGGUACUGGUGUUUUCCAAAAAACACAGUUGUGGGGGGAAUGCACUGCUGCUGCGCUCCAGCAGCAGCAGCGCCAGUGUGAACACCUCCCCCACAAUGGCGUUUUAACCGGUUAUACACCACUUUUCGUGGCCAAUGCAGAAGGGGCCUAUCAUCUAACCAUAAAGUUAAUUUAUCUGCACAAUACAAAAACUAGCUAUUCCUAAGGGGAGCAUUGAAAAUGCUGCCUUCCUUCUACAGUCUGAUAUAGUGCUGCCCAAGGACAGAUAUACAAUGUGAUGAUUCCUUUGUCUUACUCAGGUCUACAUCAAGGGUAGCUUGGAUCAUCUGGGUUUUGGUAUCAAAUUCUAGAGCUACAACUAGGGAAGAAGAGGUUUAAAGACAUCAGGUUGACUCACACACACAAAAUGGCAGCAUUAGAAAAGAACAAGAGUCCAGUAGUACCUUAAAGACUAACAAAAUUUCUGACAGCUUAUGAGCUUUUGUGAGUCACAGUUCACUUCUUCAGAAGUUCUGAAGCUCACAUCCCACCAAAAAAAUUGUUAGCCUUUAAGGUGCGCUUUUCUACUGCCACAGACCAACUAACAUGGGUGCCCAUCGUGAGCUAUCAGAAUGGUGGCAUGUUUGUCUUGAAAAUGUUAAUACCACUUCUAGUAUUUCUCUUUCAUUGCUUAGUGUGUGUUUUUUAAUUAUUAUUAUCUAUUGUUACAGUUUCCCUUAAGAAAAUUUAAAUCAAAUUCUGAAUGUUCUAGUAUACCUCAAAUGCUUAAAAAAUCUUACAACAGGCCAAAAAGAGAUAUACAGUGGAAAAAAACCCUUGUGUUUACUUUUAAAGUGUGUAUUAAUUGAAUAUAAUUUAAAAGUAUGAAAUUUUAGAGUAGCUGCCAUUACCCCUCCCAUAAUAUUUUGUAAACAGUUUUUAACACAAUGCUUCUGGACAUUCCUUCCAAAGUAGUGAUGUUCCAUUGAAAUAAAUCUAGAUGAAGAAAG